AUGACCACACCGGUCAGCACAACAUCAAAAACAAAUGUUGAACCGACUCAAAACACCAAAGUUCCAUCGAAAUUUAAAAAAUCUUUUAUGAUUUCGAUUGUCGUUAUUGGAUUAUUAUUAGUUUCAAUUGCUGGAAUUGUAUUCGCAUUAAUAUUUUCACAAUCAAAAAUUGAUGAAAAUGGCGAAAAACAAAUGAUUAUUGAUCACAAAUCAAGUAUGUUUCAAUUUAAAAAAAUAUGAAAAAAAAAGAGUAUUUUUACAGAAACAACAGGUUCUGUGACAAAAGCAAUAAAAGCUGUUCAAACAUUUCCGGAAAUUGCAAAAAAUGUGAAAUUCGAUGAUUUGCCAUCUGAUUUAUCAAAUUUUGUUUACGAAAAAAUCGAUUUUGAGAGUUUGAAAAAUGUAAGUUAAUGAAAAUGAGUUGAUUUGAACUGAAUCUGAAAAGAAAUUUGAAAAUUUAUGAAAUCUUUCAAAAUAAAUAUAAUUUAUGAAGAUAUUUCGUGAAUUUUGUUCGAAUCAGAAUAAUUCUCGAAUUACAUAUUUCUUUCAAAAAAUAUGGCGAACAAAUUAGUUUUUAUUUUAGAUUCGAACCAAAUGGAAAGACUCGGAUUAUAAGGCAUAUGAAGCAAUGUUUGAAGCAAUUGAAAAAUGUAAUGUAUCAACUGAUUUGAAAACGGAAAAAAGCGAUUUUUUGGAAUUAUUGAAUAAUCCAAUUGAACUUCACAAAAAUGCAAUCAAAAAAAUCAAAAAACCAAUAGAUGAAGCAAUAUCAAUAUUUAAUGAUACUGUAAUAAAAGAAGCAUCAAAAAUUGGAAGAUUAUCAAAAGGAAAUAUUGGAUUAUAUUCAAAUAAUAUGACAAAUAUGUUGAAAAAUCAUAAAAUAUCAAUUGAAACAAAAGAUGAAUCAUAUAUAAAAUCAUAUGAUGAUCGAAUUAAUUCAAGAAAUUCAACUGAAUUACAAUAUUUGAUAUUUGCAAUUGUGGUUUUGGCUAUUUGUUUCUUAUUAUUUAUUAUUAUUACUUGCUCAUUUAUUUGUUUUCAACUUGAUAAAUUGUCUCCAAAAGCUUUCGAUCGAAUUUUGAAAAUUAUUAUGACAAUUACAAGUUUAAUUAUUAUUGGAUUGAUUAUUUUUGCAAUUUUGGCAUCAAUUGGAAUAUCAUUGUUCUCAUUUGAUUGUUCAUUGAAAUCAGAUUAUGACAUUCCGGAUUCAAAAUAUUACAAUUUUGACGGUGAAAUGUUCAAUAUUAAAACAAUAACAAGUGAUUGCACAAAACAACAAACAUUAUUUUCAAAGAUUUCUCCAUUUUUAAAUGCCAAAAAAAUUGCAAAAUAUUUGGAUAUUAGUAAAUCGAAUGGUGAAAGCAUUUCCAAUAUUCUUCAAAAUAUCGACAUUUCUUUUGAUGAUGAUGGUUCGAUUUUAAAAUUCAAAUACAUAUUAGAAUCUCAACAACACAAUCUUGAGAGGAACAGAAAAUGUAUGGAAAAAGAAAGGAGUUAUGUUAAUUUCAAUGAUUAUUUCAACGAAUUGAAAAUGCGCAAAGAAGAUUUGAAAAAUCUAUUGGAAAAUGCUCCAAUUGUAUUAAACAAGUUGAAAAAUGUGAAAGCUGAUGUUGAUGAUUUUAUACAUUCUACUUUUGUAAAUAUCACAGAGACUUCUGAAAAAUGUGGUGAAUUCUAUAAAUGUAAGUGAUUUAUUUUACAACAAAAAUAAGCUUCUAAAUUUCUUUUUUCAGGAGUCUUUCAAAAUAUCUGAUUUUUCUUGUCACCAACAAUUACCAAAUGGAUUAUGUCAUCAACUUGAUAAAAACUUGUAUAAAAUGAUUAUUUGUAACUGGAUUAUUAUCAGCGGAUAUGUUGUAAUUCUUGUAUUUAACAUCAUGAUCAGAUGUUUUGCGAACAUUCGCAAGGAUGCAAAUAGAGCCGAGGUAAGUUUUUUUCAAAAAAAAAAUGUUCAAAAUGAAAUUUAAAGAUUCUGCAAAACAAUUUGAAUCAGUUGGACAAUGAUAUUGUUACGAAUGCUGAGAAACUUGAAAAUUGCAAUAAAGAAAAAGAAAUUGCGAAGAAGAAGGCGAAUGCGAAAACUUGGGAAAGAGUAAAUACUCUGGGCAGAAAAUGA